UUGUCAGCACGUGGGAAGUAAAUCUAUCUUUUUCCAGCGAUUGGAACGUUACCCCGGGAUUGGAAUGUCACCCCGGGAAUGGAACGUUGUCCUGGGAUUGGAACGUUGCCCGGAUGGGGAGCAGAAUCCUGAGCGUGCCCAGGCAAGAGGGUAAAUGAUGUGGAGGAGAUUGUGCUAAACAUUUGGUCACUACCGAGGAAAAUCUUUCGGUGUUAAAGCAGGUUAACCAGAGGAGGGGAUAAGGGAUCAGAAGCUUCCAAACUUCAGCAGCGUUGACUUUACACAAGGAGUCCUUGUUGAAUGCUUCAAGGCCUAGUGAAAAUUCUGGUCAAUCUGUGAUGUGAGUUCUUCAAGACUAGUAUGAAGGCUGUCUUAGUUUCACGUUAACGGUGAGCUGAAGAUGGAUGAUGUGAUUGCUGAGCUAAUAGCAGAAAGAGACCAUUCAACUGAUGAUGGACCUGUUCAGACCAGCAGUUCCCGCCCAGAAAUCUGUUUACACCUGCCUACGAGUAUACUUCAGUUCCAAACGAUCAAAGAUGCGAAACAAACUGGUUUCCGAAGGACAGUCCAAACCUGUUUGAGUCGCAUUCAGAAGGCCAUGCUUCAUCACCAGUGGCAGACUGCUGCAGAACUGAUGACAAACUACUUCCAGAUCUUAGAAGACAACACCUCCAGAAAGCAGGCAUCUGCUAGUAAGUUCAUUUGGAUGAUGGGGACUGCAAUACUUCAGUAUCAUCCUAACAGCUGCAUUGAGGACGUCAGUUCAUUUGCCAGGAAAAUGAAGAGUAUAGGAGUGAAACAUUACCUGAAGAUGUGCUUGGAACAUGCUUUUCACCUGCUGUGCAAUGGAACGAUGGAGGAAGCCUACAGGGAAUUGUCUUUAGCUGAAACAUGGAGAUAUGGUGAAAAAUCUCCAGCUCAGCAAAAAGCGCUUAAACUUAUUCAGGGAUAUAGGUCAUUGCUUGACUAUUAUACAUGGGCUAAAAAGAAUAGUGCUCUUCAAGAGCAAGUUGAUGCUGAAGUUGAUUCGGGCAGAGCGCAAGAGAUGCACAAUUAUUUUCGACAAGCUUCUAUUGGUCUGCAUGAUGCUGUAGAAAAUCCUGGUGUUUGGGAUCCCUUUAUACUGAGCUAUGUAAAUCUCCUUGAUUUCUAUGAUGGUUUUGAAGAAGCACUGACUGUGUUAAAUAAUUAUGCUUAUAAUAGCAGAUUUCCACCAAACCCAAAUGCUCAUGUGUACUUGUACGAGUUCCUGAAAAAACACAACACCUCGGCUAAAAAACUGAUAAAAGUACUGAGGAUCUUGCAUCAGCUGGUUCCUUCCCAUGAAGUGAUGUUAGAAUUUAACUCGCUCCUUCUGCAAUCAAAAAAAAAGAAGCAUUGUAGGGAAGCACUGGGUGUCCUCUUCAGCCUUCUGGAUUUUUCUACAUGGAAAGAAAACUGCCACGUAUGGAAAUGUUUAAUAAAACAGAUGAAGAAAGUUAUAGCAGAGGGCCACUGUGACUGGAUCCAUGAGCAAUGGGCGUCGAGACAAGAUUGGUGGCCUCCGUAUCAUUUCAGCAAAUAUCGAGCGCACAAGGAUUUUGAAGAAAAUGAGGGCUAUGCUUGUAGGAAAGCAAUGAUUGCGGGAAUCCUAAUGGGGAAAGGCUGCAAAUACUUUGUCACCAUUUACCAACUGGGAAGCAAAAUUCAGGGAGCAAAACUGAAGAAGAUGAGACAUUAUGUAAAGAAUCACAGUCUGCGCAGUAUAUGUUUGACCGUGUGACUCUGGACAUACAGUUCAUAAAAAUCAAAACUCAAAUUUUCAAAAAAAUUUGAACAUUUUGGAAUCUCUCUCUGAAAUAAAAGGGAAGAAAAGGAUUGCAAGCAAUUUAUUUUGUUAUUAAUCCCACUAAGGAAAGUGUUGCUGAGAUUUGUAUUAAACAAAACACAUUUAUUAGCACUGAUUUAAGAAGGAUUAGUUCAUGUCAUCCUCUUUAAGAUAAAACACAAGUGUGACCCAGAGCAGACAGCUGACAGGAAACAUUCCUCAUAAUUACAGGAGUGUUGCUACUUCCAACAGGCCUAGAUUUUCUUCAGUGUGCAGCAUUCAUUCAGAUUGUUUUGGAGAAAACUCCACAAUACAGCAGAGGUAAAUACAAAUGGUACCUGGAACGCUAUAAGAAUGUGUAAUAUUGGCAAAUUUACAUUGUAACAAACUUAAAAAUAUUUUUCAACUAAAUGGUGAACACUUCUAUAAUGAAGCAUUUACAAACUAAUGCAUUUAAGUUUUUCAAUGAAGUCAGUCAAUAAAAUGAUUGUGCUGGUCUAAAAAGCUCAGUUCUUACCGUCACUAGAUUAAUAAUUUUAAUGUGGUCUUGUUUUUUGAGGAGUGGUGGUGGGUGAAUAUUGGUGAGGAGUGUGGAAGGGAAGUUUGUGGUAGAGCAAUGUAUAAUGCCAUCAAACAUUCAACCAGAACUAAUGGGUUCAAUGCUAAAUGUAAUGAACUUUGUCAUUGACAAUGUAGCUCCUAAUAAUCAAAGAUGAACAGGAUGUUAGAAUUAUGUUCUAGCUUUCUCGAUACAGAAGAAGCAGUGAAUUUGUUAGUUCGGUAAAACCUUGGUUACCUACAUAUGAAGCACUUUGUGUAUUGCUGGACUUUGCACCAUUAGAAGAAAUGUUUGUUUUAAAAGUAAGUUAGCAGUGUUCCAGCACUCAAUUUACAGUUGUCAAUCAUUGUGCAACCAGCCCCCCAAGCCGCCUCUAAUAACUUUCCUGUAUCCCAGUCUGGCUCCUAAUAUCACCCUCUGUUCUUCCCUUUAAAAUCUCUGUUUUAUUUCUGUCUCCGUCAUUCUCCUGAACUUUCUUUUGAAGUGCUGGGCCCAGCUAAUGGCAGAAGUUAGUUGGUGCUGAUAGUUCUGUCUGCACUGAAUGUCCUCUGCCACUAGAUGGAGACUGGUCAAUUGAAACUUCAGGUGAGUGUAAUAUUUGCAGUACAUGGGGGUAGAGGCUCUUGUGGUGCAGUGAAAGUGCCUCUGCCACUGAGCCAGGAAGUCUAGGUUCAAGUCCCACCUGUUCCAGAGAUGGAUAAUAAAUAUCUGAGCAGGUUGAUAUAGAAAACAUGUAUUUAUAAUGCAUGGGUUCACAUUUAUUUUAUAGCUCUUUGUUUUACGUUUAUUUUAGAGGUCGUUUUUGAAUGUAGAUAUUAAGAACUGUGCACUGUUUUCACUUAAUGUUUUAAGGUUUUUUUUUCUCUGCAGACUAAGGUCCUAACUUAGUCCUUGGUUUUAUUUUGCAAGUUGGAUUCCUAGCUGAAGCAUGGGUACAGUAUAAUAUUUCAAUCUGUGCAUUCUUUUACCAUGCAAAUCAUGUCCACAGGAACUUUUGCCUGAUUUCUAUGGGAAACUAUGUUUCACUUAAAGUCAUAAUUUUCAGGAUUGGAACUUCAAUUGAGAAGUUAUUGUAAUAAUAGCCACACACCCUUGCUCCCCUUGAUUUUCAAGGUGAUGCAGCUUACAAUUUGGGAGUUGCAGUGAAAUAAAAUUUUGAGUUAGUAGAAUUCAAUAGAUGAUGCAUGUGUCAAUGUAGUGUUUUGCUUGGUGGUGUAAGUGGAUGUUUGAAGUAAUGGUUGAUUAAGUGUAUGUAACUUUCUCAUUUUUUUUAAAAAAGAUUUGGUAAUUUUUGCGUCCAUCAAGGUAAAGGAUGAUGGCAUUGGAAGUUUACGCUUCAGGUACUCCAAAUCAGCACACAACACUCUCCAAAAGGAGAAGAAAUUGUAGAUAUGUUUCAUUUAGUGUAAACAACAUAUAAAUAUGCAACAUAAACGAAAACAAAUUGCUGGAAAAACUCAGCAUGUCUGGCAGCAUCUGUGGGAGAAAUCAGAGUUAAUGUUUCAAAUCCAGUGACCCUUCUUCAGAGCAAUUCUCUCCACAGAUGCUGUCAGACCUGCUGAGAUUUUCCAGCGAUUUGUUUUUGUUUCUGAUUUCCAACAUCCACAGUUCUCAGUUUUUUUUUUGUAUAGAAAUAUGCAAUAUUUAGGAGGGUAGAGAAAAUGGGUGAGGACCUCUUUAAUAGAGAUUGCCUAGAUACAGGCAAAUAUUUCUCUCAACCGUAGAUUGACAUUAAGCACUUAAAGCUCCCAUUUCUUGAUUCGAAGCCAGAGAUGAUAAGCUUGCAAGAUUUCUUCUGUUAUUAACUGUGUAUAAAACAUUGCAUUUAAAAUGGAAACAAAGCUGGGAAUAUCCAAUAGAUAAGACGUUAGCUACAGAGAAGAAAAAAACGUUGAUUUAGUGUUUCAGUUGAUUGUAUUUUGGACUUGCAAUAUCUGCAGUAUUUUUGUGUCAAAACACUAGUUUCUUUGACUUUUAUAGAAAAUGGUUCAAUAAAACUCCAUACAGGCAACUUUUACAGAUAUCAAUG